ACCACAAGCGCCAGCGGCGGAAACCAGCCAGCUGCGGCUUGGGGGGCGUGGCCAGGCCGCGGUCCAGCCGGCAGCCAGGGCAGACUUGAGUUGCUAAGGGAACAGCGGCAGAGGCAGACUUGACGUCAGGCGGCGGCGCGCGGCCCGCACUGCGGCACCCUCGCACUCUUCAGAGCGCGGGUCGCUGGCGGCUGAGGUGGUCGAAUCGCUGCGUCCCUCCGCCGGCCCUGCUGUUGGCUUCCUUCCGCGGGGGUUGCUGCUCGGGCGGGAUAGGACGCGUUGCGCGCUGCCCUCCCUUGCUGCCACUGACAGUAAUCUUCAGGAUACUAAGAAAGCUGGAAGUGGUGAUACAAGUUGUACUACCACUAAUAACCCAGAGAAGUGAGGCGUGUACAGUCAGCAGCUGAAGAACCAAAGGACGAUGUUAGUGUAGAGGAAGACGAGCCACGGCAGCCAGAUAACUGUUGUCCAGACCACACAAGAAAUGGAACAAGAAACUCCAGAGAAGGCGGAUUCUGCACCUCAGAAAAUUCGAACCAAGUCCCAGUCAGGGGAUAAGGCAAAUGAAGGGAAGGAAGAGAUGAUGGAAGCGUACCAGCUCCAAGUUGCUGAAGAAAUGGCGAAGGAGAUUAAGAAGAAGAUCAGAAAGAAGCUGAAAGAGCAGUUGACGUAUUUCCCCUCAGAUACUCUAUUGCAUGAUGACAAACUGAGCAGUGAAAAAAGAAAGAAGAAAAAAAAGAAAGUUCCAGCCCAGUCUAAAUCUGAAACGAGCACCUCAACUGUCUGUGAUGAUGCAGUUGAAGGUGAACAAAAGAAGGAAUGUCCACUUGGAGCUGUCACUUCAGAUUCUCAUCAAGGUGAUGAAAUACGCUCAACAGAACAAAAUGUGGAUGACAGUAUGCUGGAUAACACAAAAUCCAAACCCAAAAAAACAAAAAAGAAGACUAAAGCAGUUUCAGAUGAUAAUGAAGAGAUUAAUAGUGAUGGUGUUCAUGAAAUAACAAGCCGAGACAGUCCAGUUCAUCCUAAAUGCUUGCUUGAUGAUGAUCUUGUUAUGGGAGUUUACAUUCACCGAACUGAUCGACUUAAAUCAGAUUAUAUGAUUUCUCACCCAAUGGUAAAAAUUCAUGUGAUUGAUGAGAAUACCGGUCAAUAUGUCAAGAAAGAUGAUAGUGAACGUCCUGUUUCAUCCUACUAUGAAAAAGACAAUGUGGAUUACAUUCUUCCUAUUAUGACCCAGCCGUAUGACUUUAAGCAGUUAAAAUCACGACUUCCAGAAUGGGAAGAACAAAUUAUAUUUAAUGAAAAUUUUCCCUAUUUGCUUCGAGAAUUUGAUGAGUGUCCAAAAGUCAUCCUGUUCUUUGAGAUUCUCGACUUCCUAAGCAUGGAAGAAAUCAAGAAUAACUCUGAGGUUCAAAACCAAGAAUGUGGCUUUCGGAAAAUUGCUUGGGCAUUUCUUAAGCUUCUCGGAGCCAAUGGAAAUGCAAACAUCAAUUCAAAACUUCGUUUGCAGCUGUACUACCCACCUACUAAGCCUCGAUCCCAAUCAAAUGUUGUUGAGGUUUUUGAAUGGUGGUCCAAAUGUCCAAGAAAUCGUUAUCCAUCAACAUUGUAUGUAACCGUACGUGGAUUGAAAGUUCCAGACUGUAUAAAGCCAUCUUACCGCUCCAUGAUGGCUCUUCAGGAGGAAAAAGGUACACCAGUGUAUUGUGAACGUCACCGUGAGGCAAGUUCAGUUGAGACAGAACCUGGAUUAGAAGAUUCCAAGGAAGUAGUAAAGUGGAAACGACUCCCGGGACAGGCUUGUCGCAUCCCAAACAAGCACCUCUUCUCACUAAAUGCAGGGGAACGAGGAUGUUUUUGUCUCGAUUUCUCCCACAAUGGAAGGAUAUUAGCAGCAGCCUGUGCCAGUCGAGAUGGAUAUCCAAUUAUAUUAUAUGAGAUUCCUUCUGGACGUUUCAUGAGAGAAUUGUGUGGCCAUCUUAAUAUCAUUUAUGACCUUUCCUGGUCAAAAGAUGAUCGCUUUAUCCUUACCUCAUCAUCUGAUGGCACUGCCCGAGUAUGGAAAAAUGAAAUAAACAGUACAAGUACCUUCAGAGUUUUACCUCAUCCUUCUUUCGUUUACACGGCUAAAUUCCAUCCAGCUACAAAAGAGUUGGUGGUUACAGGAUGCUAUGAUUCUAUGAUAAGAAUAUGGAAAAUUGAUAUGCGAGAAGAUGCUGCCAUAUUAGUCCGACAGGUUGAUGCUCACAAGAGUUUUGUCAACUCUCUCUGUUUUGAUAAUGAAGGUCAUCACAUGUAUUCAGGAGACUGCACAGGGGUGAUUGUUGUUUGGGAUACUUACGUGAAAGUUACUGAUGUACAGCACUCAGUACGCCACUGGACUAUAAAUAAGGAAAUUAAAGAAACUGAAUUCAAGGGCGUUCCAAUAAGUUAUUUGGAGGUUCAUCCUAAUGGAAAACGUCUGCUAAUUCAUACCAAAGACAGUACAUUGAGAAUCAUGGAUCUGCGAAUACUAGCAGCCAGGAAAUUUGUAGGUGCAGCAAAUUAUCGGGAGAAAAUCCAUAGUACUUUAACACCAUGUGGGACAUUUCUCUUUGCUGGAAGUGAGGAUGGUAUAGUAUACGUUUGGAACCCAGAAACAGGAGAACAAGUGGCAAUGUAUUCUGACCUGCCAUUCAAGUCACCCAUUCGAGACAUAUCUUACCAUCCCUUUGAAAACAUGGUUGCAUUUUGUGCCUUUGGGCAGAGUGAGCCAAUUCUUCUUUAUAUUUAUGAUUUCCACGUAGCCCAGCAAGAGGCUGAAAUGUUCAAACGCUAUAAUGGAACACUUCCAUUACCUGGAAUACAUCAAAGUCAAGAUGCAUUAUGCACCUGUCCUAAGCUGCCCCAUCAAGGCUCUUUUCAGAUUGAUGAAUUUGUCAACACUGAAAACACAUCAACAAAGAUGCAACUUGUGAAGCAGAGACUCGAAACUGUCACAGAGGUGAUACGAUCCUGUGCUGCAAAAGUCAACAAAAAUCUGUCAAUGACUCCACCACCACCAGCCUCUACACAGCAGCCAAAAGCAAAACAGCCCAGUGUGCUGACCGCUGAGGACAUCAUACAUCAGUUUGGUUUCCCUCAAACAGAGUUUAUCAGCAUAGAAAGAAGGCCUUGUUGCCAUCAAGUAGAUGAGCCACCUAUGGUAGUGGCUCUUUAUGACUACACAGCGAGCCGAUCAGAUGAACUAUCCAUCCAUCGCGGAGACAUUAUCCGAGUGUUUUUCAAAGAUAAUGAAGACUGGUGGUAUGGCAGCCUAGGAAAGGGACAGGAAGGUUUUUUUCCAGCUAAUCAUGUGGCUAGUGAAACAUUGUAUCAAGAAUCUCCUCCAGAAGUGAAGGAACGAUCCCCUCCUUUAACUCCCAAGGAAAAACCCAAAACAGAAAAAACUUCAGCUUCUCAAAAACAGUCAGUCAGUAAGGACAAGUCCCAAGAUUUCAGACUCAGCUCACAGACCCUGACACAUUCUGAAAAGGGCAAAGAACAGAAUCGGGAGGACCGGGCACACAAAGCAGAUAUGCAGGCGAAGAAAAAUGAGCCAACAGGCCGAAAAGUCACCCUGAUAGAGUAAAAAGUUGGAGAAGAAUGAAGAAGUAACCAGAUAUACAGAAAUAACUAGAGUUUGGAAUUUUCAGAUUUAAGGAAGAAAAGAAAUAUCCACAAUUUUUUGUCUUUAUGAAAUGAGGUUUGGCUGGAGAAAAAGUCAGUGUGGUCUCUGAGCUUAAUUGUUAUAAACCAUUGUGACUAUUGUUGGUCAGAGUAUUGGUGUUUGUGUUAUUAGUGACUGUAUCAAAAUUAAAUUGCCAUUGUUGGAAAAACCAAUAAAGAAAAACCCAUAAUUGCUACUCAGCAAACAUGAAUAAAGUGUUCGCAUUGUUAGGGCGUCUGUUAAAUAAUCAUCCAAUAUUAUUGUAUCUGUGAUGUGGUUGUAUGUGUGAUGCUAUGCUCAGAAUAUGAAGAGUCUGCUUUUGAAACUUAAUUUUAUUUAAAGAUAAGCAGCUUCUGAAUAUUGUGUGUACAAAUUGGUCCCAAUAACAAAGGCAGUAAAAAGAAACAAUUUGCUUUUUAAAAUUAAAUUUUUGUGUUGCUUUUGAGUGACUUAUAUGUGUAACUCAGCACACCUAAACUUAAAAGUGAUUUUUGGGUGGACAGGCAAUAGUAUGCCAAAUUUAUUUACUUUUUUUUUAAAGGGCAGUUCAUAUUUAGCAUAUGAGUAAUUUACAGAUAUAAAUUAUUUAAUAUUUAUUUUGGUCUUAAUAUUUAUUUUUGUUAUUACACAGCACUAUUUAUUUCUCUAGUACCAGAAUAACAAUGUCAUUACCAUAUGACCAUGUGUUUUGAACUUUAACAGAGAAAUUCAUCCUUUGGUUUUUUGUUUUUUUUCUCGACUCUUCGCUUUCGUCAACUAUAUGUAAGUCUGUCAAUAAAAUAUUUAGCCCCAACAGGUCAAAUGUUAAAGUAAGAAAGACUUAUUUACCAAAGUAGAGAGUCAAUUCCAUUGAAAUAAGAAGUGAGAAACACCAUGUUGGGCACUGAGGUGUAAAUUUGUCCAGAUGUAUACCCGAUGUGAAAUAGCUUCUAGUAGAAAUAUAUUUGGCUUUUACCCUGCACAUGUUGUAGAAACAUAAAAAUGGUAAACAUGGCCCUGCUGUGGAGAAUGGUGUUACUGUUACUGAAGGCAUUUUCAAAAGUGUCAAGGAGCACUGAUGACUGCUAAAGCCCAUGGCCCUCAGUGCAGAAGCCUGUUCCGCCAGAGCCAAGCUGGCAGUGUUCUGAUUGUGUACGUCUGUGCUCCAGGUACAUCUGGGCCCAGGCAGCAAAGUCACCCUCUAUAUGCUUGGUUUUUUUGUCUUGUGAGUGUGCUUAAUAAGUAAAAAAAAUAAAGACAAAUGUCUCUAUCA